UAAAUCACAUGGUAGCUGCGGGCGUUCGGCUGAGGGUUUUGGCGGUGUUGAUUGGAACUUCUCUCUGGCUGUCAGGACUCGAAACUGACUUGGAGAAUGUUGGGCUCAAAAACAAUUCCCUGGCGGCGGCUGCAGGGCAUUUCCUUCGGGAUGUAUUCGGCCGAAGAGCUCAAGUAAGGAGUUUGUGGGAAGCAUGCAGUGUCUGUCUCAUGAGGAAAUUAAGUGUUAAGUCCAUUACGAACCCUCGCCACCUGGACAGCCUGGGGAACCCGUCAGUGAACGGCCUAUACGAUUUAGCUUUGGGCCCUGCAGAUUCCAAAGAGGUGUGCUCCACCUGUGUGCAGGACUUCAGCCACUGCCCCGGCCACCUGGGCCACAUCGAGCUGCCACUCACCGUGUACAACCCUCUCCUCUUUGAUAAACUCUACCUGCUGCUCAGGGGCUCCUGUUUAAACUGUCACAUGCUGACUUGCUCCCGGGCUGUGAUUCAUCUCUUAGUGUGCCAGCUAAGAGUCCUGGAAGUUGGGGCCCUGCAAGCAGUCUACGAGCUUGAGAGAAUUCUGAACAGGCUUCUGGAAGAAAAUGCUGAUCCUACUGCCUUUGAAAUUCAGGAAAAACUAGAACAAUAUACAGCCACAAUUGUACAGAAUAACCUUGUGGGGUCCCACAGUGCACAUGUGAAAAAUGUCUGUGAGAGCAGGAGCAGACUCACUGCUUCCUUCUGGAAGGCCCAUAUGACUGCUAAGCGAUGUCCCCAUUGCAAGACCGGGCGGUCGGUUAUCCGAAGGGAGCACAACAGCAAACUGACAGUCGCAUACCCAGCUAUGGUGCACAAGAAAGCUGACCGGAAGGACUCAGAGCCCCCAGGAAUUGAGGAAGCUCAGUUGGGAAAACGAGGGUACCUGACACCCAUCAGUGCCCAAGAACAUCUUCUCACCCUUUGGAAGAAUGAAGGAUUCUUUCUGAAUUACCUUUUCUUGGGACUGGAAGAUGUUGGCAUGGAGUCCAGAUUCAACCCCAGUGUGUUCUUUCUGGAUUUCUUGGUGGUCCCACCCUCAAGGUAUCGCCCUGUCAGUCGCCUGGGGGACCAGAUGUUUACCAAUGGCCAGACGGUGAACUUGCAGGUUGUCAUGAAGGACAUGGUUCUGAUCCGAAAGCUUCUGGCACUGAUGGCCCAAGAGCGGGAGCUCCCGUGUGAGGUGGCAACACCUGCCACAGUAGAGGAAAAAGACUCUUCAGUUGCUAUUGACCGAUCCUUUUUGAGUAUGCUGCCAGGCCAGUCCCUCACAGACAAACUUUACAACAUUUGGAUUCGCCUUCAGAGCCACGUCAACAUUGUAUUUGAUAGUGAGAUGGACAAAUUAAUGAUGGAAAAAUACCCUGGCAUUAGACAGAUCCUGGAGAAAAAAGAUGGCUUAUUCCGAAAGCACAUGAUGGGAAAACGAGUAGACUACGCAGCCCGCUCAGUCAUCUGCCCAGACAUGUACAUCAACACCAACGAGAUUGGAAUUCCCAUGGUAUUUGCCACAAAACUGACCUACCCUCAGCCAGUUACCCCCUGGAACGUUCAGGAGCUGAGGCAAGCAGUCAUCAAUGGCCCCAGUGUGCACCCAGGAGCCUCCAUGGUCAUCAAUGAGGAUGGCAGUCGCACGGCCCUGAGUGCCGUGAACCUGACCCAGCGGGAGGCUGUGGCCAAACAGCUCCUGACACCCACCACCGGGGCUCCUAAGCCUCAGGGGACCAAAAUCGUGUGCCGGCACGUGAAGAAUGGGGACAUCCUGCUCCUGAACCGACAGCCCACUCUGCACAGGCCCUCCAUCCAGGCACACCACGCCCGUAUCCUGCCCGAAGAGAAAGUCCUGCGGCUCCACUAUGCCAACUGCAAGGCCUAUAACGCCGACUUUGAUGGAGACGAGAUGAACGCCCACUUCCCCCAGAGUGAACUGGGCCGGGCUGAGGCCUACGUUCUGGCCUGCACGGAUCAGCAGUACCUCGUUCCCAAGGAUGGCCAGCCAUUGGCUGGGUUGAUCCAAGAUCACAUGGUUUCAGGUGCAAACAUGACCACUCGAGGUUGCUUUUUCACUCGGGAUCAGUAUAUGGAGCUGGUAUACCGAGGACUCACAGACAAAGUGGGGCGUGUGAAUAUCUUUCCUCCUGCCAUCCUGAAACCUUUUCCACUGUGGACAGGAAAACAGAUUGUCUCAACGCUGCUGAUAAACAUAAUCCCAGAGGACCACAUCCCACUGAACUUGACGGGAAAGGCGAAAAUCAGUGGGAAAGCCUGGGUGAAGGAGCCUCCUCAGCGAGUUCCCGGCUUUAACCCUGACUCAAUGUGUGAUUCCCAGGUGAUCAUCAGGGCCGGGGAGCUGCUUUGCGGAGUGCUGGACAAGGCGCACUACGGGAGCUCUGCCUACAGCCUGGUCCACUGCUGCUAUGAGAUCUACGGUGGGGAGACGAGUGGCAAGGUUCUCACCUGCCUGGCUCGCCUCUUCACGGCCUACCUGCAGCUCUACAGAGGCUUCACUCUGGGUGUGGAAGACAUUUUGGUUAAGCCAAAGGCGGAUGCUAAGAGACAAAGGAUCAUUGAAGAGUCCACCCACUGUGGGCCCCGGGCUGUGAGGGCUGCGUUAAAUCUGCCAGAAGCUGCAUCAUGUGAUGAGGUCCAAGGAAAAUGGCAGGAUGCCCAUCUGGGCAAAGACCAGAGGGAUUUUAACAUGAUUGAUCUGAAGUUCAAGGAGGAAGUGAACCAUUACAGCAAUGAGAUUAACAAGGCUUGCAUGCCUUUUGGCCUGUACAGGCAGUUCCCAGAGAACAACUUGCAGAUGAUGGUACAGUCUGGAGCCAAAGGGUCAACUGUGAACACCAUGCAGAUCUCGUGCCUGCUGGGUCAGAUUGAAUUGGAAGGUCGGAGACCCCUGCUGAUGGCAUCUGGCAAGUCCCUGCCCUGCUUCGAGCCUUAUGAAUUCACCCCCACGGCUGGCGGCUUUGUCACUGGCAGAUUCCUCACUGGCAUCAGGCCUCCUGAGUUCUUCUUUCACUGCAUGGCAGGGCGAGAGGGUCUCGUCGACACCGCUGUGAAAACCAGUCGCUCUGGCUAUCUCCAAAGGUGUAUCAUCAAGCACCUGGAGGGGCUGGUGGUCCAGUAUGAUCUGACAGUCCGCGACAGUGACGGCAGCGUGGUGCAGUUCCUGUAUGGGGAGGAUGGCCUGGACAUCCCUAAGACGCAGUUCCUGCAGCCCAAGCAGUUCCCCUUCCUCGCCAGCAACUAUGAGGUGAUAAUGAAAUCGAAGCAUCUGCAUGAGGUUUUAUCCAGAGCAGAUCCCCAAAAAGCUCUCCGCCACUUCAGAGCCAUCAAAAAAUGGCAAAACAAGCAUUCCCACACGCUCAUGAGAAAAGGUGCCUUCUUGAAUUAUUCCCAGAAAGUUCAGGCAGCUGUGAAAGCCUUUAACCUCGAGAGUGGGAACCAGAAUGGCCGCAGCCUCGAGACUCACCAGAUGUUGAGGAUGUGGGGUGAGUUAGAUGAGCAGAGCCGAAGGAAAUACCAGAAGAGAGCCGCUCCUUGUCCUGACCCCAGUCUGUCUGUCUGGCGCCCAGACAUCUACUUUGCAUCGGUGUCGGAAACAUUUGAGAAAAACGUGGAUGACUACAGCCUUGAGUGGGCAUCUCAAGCAGAGAAGAAUUAUGAGAAAUCAGAGCUUUCUGUUGACAGGUUGAGGACCCUCCUGCAGCUGAAGUGGCAGCGUUCCCUGUGUGACCCGGGUGAGGCCGUGGGCUUGCUGGCUGCCCAGAGCAUUGGGGAGCCUUCCACACAGAUGACCCUGAACACCUUCCACUUUGCUGGCAGAGGCGAGAUGAAUGUGACCCUGGGCAUCCCAAGGUUGAGAGAGAUCCUCAUGGUGGCCAGCGCCAACAUCAAGACGCCCAUGAUGAGUGUGCCUGUGUUCCACACCAAGAAAGCAUUGAAGAGGGUCAAACACCUGAAGAAGCAGCUCACCAGAGUGUGCUUAGGGGAGGUGUUGGAGAAAAUUGAUGUCCAAGAGUCUUUCUGUAUGGGGGAAAAGCAGAACAAGUUCCGGAUGUACCAGCUACGGUUUCAGUUCCUGCCACGUGCAUAUUACCAGCAGGAGAAGUGCCUAAGGCCCGAGGACAUCCUGCACUUCAUGGAAACAAGAUUCUUCAGAAUUCUGAUGGAAUACAUCAGAAAGAAGAAUAAUAAAGCCUCAACUUUCACAAGCAUAGACACUCGGAGAGCUACCCAGUGGGAUCUAGAUAACACCAGGGAGUCAGGAAGGAAUCCGGGAGAGCAGGAAGGUGAUGAGGAAGAGGAGGGCCACAUUGUGGACGCCGAAGCUGAGGAGGGAGAUGCUGAUGCCUCUGACGCCAAACGCAAGGAAAAGCAAGAGGAGGAGGUGGAUUAUGAGAGUGAGGAAGAGGAGGAGAAGCAGGGGGAGGAGGAUGACGACGACACGCAGGAGGACAGGCACAUCCAUGGGGAAGGUGCCCACAAUGCCCAGGAACAGGAAGAAGAGGUGGGCUCAGGCCCCGAGGAUGGCUCGCCCCCCGCUGGCCCCCUGACACAGCCCCGCAAACCUGCUGGCAGCCGGGAGCCCCAGGGCGCCGAGGCCAUGGAGCGGCGCGUGCAGGCUGUGCUCCAGUCGCAUGCGUUCAUAGAGGACUACCAGUACGACACGGAGGAGAGCCUGUGGUGCCAGGUGGUGGUGAAGCUCCCUCUAAUGAAGAUGAUCUUCGACAUGAGCUCUCUGGUCGUGGCCUUGGCCCACGAUGCCGUUGUCUACACAACCAAGGGCAUCACAAAGUGCCUCCUGAAUGAAACCACCAACAAUAAGAAUGAGAAGGAGCUUGUCUUAAACACAGAAGGAAUCAACCUCCCGGAGCUGUUCAAGUAUGCUGAGGUUCUGGAUUUGCGUCGCCUCUAUUCCAAUGACAUCCACGCCAUGGCCAGCACCUACGGCAUUGAGGCUGCACUGCGGGUGAUCGAGAAGGAGAUCAAGGAUGUGUUUGCUGUGUAUGGCAUUGCAGUCGAUCCCCGCCAUCUCUCCCUGGUCGCUGACUAUAUGUGCUUCGAGGGUGUUUACAAGCCACUGAAUCGCUUUGGGAUCCAGUCAAACUCCUCUCCUCUGCAGCAGAUGACAUUUGAAACGAGCUUCCAGUUUCUGAAGCAGGCCACCAUGAUGGGGUCCCACGAUGAGCUGAGGUCCCCUUCAGCCUGCCUUGUGGUUGGGAAGGUCGUCAGGGGCGGGACGGGCCUGUUUGAGCUCAAGCAGCCCCUGAGGUAGCGGCCCCUGUGGCACCGUCUGCCUGGUGUGGAGGACCCGGUGAUGGCCCGCCUGCCCUCCACAUGAGAGGACCAGGCGACCUGGAGACCAGAAUCCAGGGCGGUUCAAAGCAACAGUGCAGAGCACAGCAGUGAUCUUGGCGGUCCAGAGAGCAGCUGGCCUCUGGGCUGGACCAGCUUCCCUGGGAGGUGCCACAGUGCUUGUCCUCACCCCUUCCCAUCUCGGGAUAUGAACAAGGUUCACCAAGUCCCUCAUGCCCUUCUGAGCUGGCUGGGCCUUCCCCUGUGCUGCAGGACACCUCACAGACAAUUCUCCAGCACCUCCAGGGUAGGGAGGCAAGGUCCUGUCGCUGUGAGCAGCUGUUGACUGCAGGCAGAAUUGCUGUGGGCUCCUGACAGGUGGGGACAUGGAACCUGCUGCAUGGCCUGCUCCUUCCAGCUGCAAGAGUCUCCCUGGGGCAAGCACAGGGUGGCACAGACCUCUGGGGCUCGGCCCCAGCAACCCACCCCAACUCAUGGAACCCUGAGUCGCCAGCUGGCUGGGCUGUUGGAUUGAGUUGCCUGACUUCUCUCCCUGUCUCUGCUGUCAGACGCGGCCUUGAGGCCUUCAUUCCUCUCUUCAGGCCCUGCUCCUCUGGGUCGUCCAGCCUCCCUUGACUUUUGACACCACGGCAGGGGGCCCUGCCAUGACCAGGAAAGUCAGAGGACUUGUAUAAAGGCUUUGUAAAACCAGAGACUGUUUCUAUUUUUGUCUGGUAUUCCAACUCAGGCUGAGUAAUAAACAUAACUGGAACUAGCUAUUGGUAGGGAAAAAAAUUUAAAAGAUUUGGGUUUUUUGUUUUUUCUCUUGGUUUGUGGGCUCUGCAUUUGUAAUUUAAGAGCCUAGGACUGACUUGUUGAUGGGGGGCGUCUAGUAAACAUAAUAUUCCUCAUGUAAUUGUAGAGUAAUGAUACCAAAAUAAAUUAAAAAAAAAAAAAGAGAGCC